AUUCAAACCAUAUAUUUCUCUCAAUCCAAUUUCAUAGAUCCAACACAUCAGCACAAUGACCUCGACCGAACAUGUCGACGUCCUGAUUAUCGGCGGCGGGAUCGUUGGUCUGAGUAUGUCACUCUUCCUCUCCCAUCAUGGCAUCCGCUCCCUUCUCGUUGAACGGCAUUCCGGGACAUCAAUACAUCCCCGGGCACGUAGCGUCAAUGCACGGACAAUGGAAAUCUAUCGCGGCAUCGGAAUCUCCCAGCUGGUCCGAAAGGCUGGGGAAUCGCUGGCUCCUAGCUUUGGCAUCUAUUCCGGGUCUUCCCUGAAAACAGUCGUCGAGGCCAAGGCCCGGACUGAAGGAAAGAAAAGAACUUCACCGUUCCAGCGUGCGUUUGCAGAUGUAGGGCCGGAGCCUGGCACCUUUGUGACGCAGGACAUGCUUGAACCUGUCAUCUUAAAAGCCGCCAAGGACAGAGGGGUGGAUGUCAGAUUUCGUACGGAGUGUCUCGGUGUGGAGCAAGACAAAGACCAAGUCACGGCAAGAAUCAGGGAUCGAGAAAGCGGCACCGCUGUCACUGUGACUGCGUCGUAUUUGGUUGCAGCUGACGGAGUGCACUCUCCCAUCCGCUCUCAGCUUGGCAUCGCCACAACUGGUCGUGGCUCCAUGGGCCAUUUACUGAAUAUCCUCUUCCAUGCCGACCUCAAGCCUCUUGUCGAAGACCGCGAAUUCAGCAUCUGCGUUAUCGAACGCCCCGAAGUAACGGGUGCCUUCACAGCGAUCAACAACAGCGACCGUUGGGUGUUUCAUAUGUGCUAUGACCCUGCCAAAGGCGAAACACCAGAGGACUUUCCGCCAGAGAAAUGCAAAGAGCUACUGAAGAUCGCGUUGGGGAUAUCGGAAGUCACAAUCGAGAUCAUCUCCAUUCUACCCUGGGAGCCUUCUGUCCGUGUAGCGACUCAUUUCCAGCAAGGCCGUAUCUUCCUCGCUGGUGAUGCCGCGCACCAGAUGCCUCCCUACGGCGGACAAGGUGCCAACACCGGCAUCUCGGACGCGCAUAAUCUGGCCUGGAAGCUUGCAGCCGUGCUCCACCGCCAGGCAGAUCCGAGCUUGCUGGAGACGUACAACCUCGAACGGAGACCGGUGGGCAAGGCAGCGGCAGAAGCAUCGGCCUCGCCUGCUGACGAACGAGGUUUGAUAUCUGUCCGACUGAGCUGGAAGACAGUCUCAGGCUUCGCGAAAAUAGCACCAUUAGCCAGUGGAUUUGGAUAUCUCUACCCUCAAGCAAGUGCCGCAGUGGUGGAAGAGAACCGGUGGCCACUAGGGGGCUGGACCUGGAAAGCAUGGAGUGUCCCUUCCCUCUGCUUCUCUUUGGACGGCCGGCCUGGCUCUCGUGCACCGCAUGUAUGGGUGGAAAAGGAAGGACAAAGGGUAUCCCUCCUCGAUCUGUUUGGGAAGGGAUUCGUCUUGCUGGCUGGCAGUGAGGGCGUCGCUUGGCUUGAAGCAAGUCAGCAGGUGAGGGAGACAUUGAAAGGACUGGAGCUUGCUAGUUACCGUGUAGGACCAACGGGCGACAUUGUCGAGAAGGAGAGCAGGUGGGAGACUGCAGCUGGGAUCUCACCGAAUGGCGCUUUGUUGGUAAGGCCGGAUGGGUUUGUUGCUUGGAGGCAGCGCAGGAUGCCAGGCGAUGUCUUCAAUGCGUUGCUCAAGACUAUGCAAGCGAUACUGUGUCAGUUGAGUAGUAAUUAAGUAUUGUUGUCUUUUCAUUGAACAAAAAUAUAUCAACACUGAUCUAAACCAUCUUCAAUCCUUGUGAACCAGAAAGACCCUGCCUGACCUUGGAAGUUUGUUGGCCAGUACAACUACUUUUCCUUUACCUCUUCUUUAUCGCAAUAUUCGAGGUUCGGAUAUUAUUAAUGGGAAUACGAUCUAUCGACUUGAUUGUAUCUCGCAAUUACUGUUGACGGACAAGAAGCUGGCCACUCCACCACGGUCAAGUGUCAACAGGGUAAAGGAGUGAACUCUGCAAUUAUUAUUCUUAUUCCGGUAUCUCUUUUGAGGGAGCUUUUUGUCUAAUUAAUAAUUUCAAGAGAUUCUUAUUACGUGAUGGUUGGUUUAGCUGCUUAUAAAUGAUGU